CUUCAUUCUGCAGUUGGUGCCAGAACUCUGGAUCCUGAACUGGAAGAAAAUGUCUAUCCAGGUUGAGCAUCCUGCUGGUGGUUACAAGAAACUGUUUGAAACUGUGGAGGAACUGUCCUCGCCGCUCACAGCUCACGUAACAGGCAGGAUCCCCCUCUGGCUCACCGGCAGUCUCCUUCGAUGUGGGCCAGGACUCUUUGAAGUUGGAUCUGAGCCAUUUUACCACCUGUUUGAUGGGCAAGCCCUCCUGCACAAGUUUGACUUUAAAGAAGGACAUGUCACAUACCAUAGAAGGUUCAUCCGCACUGAUGCUUACGUACGGGCAAUGACUGAGAAAAGGAUCGUCAUAACAGAAUUUGGCACCUGUGCUUUCCCAGAUCCCUGCAAGAAUAUAUUUUCCAGGUUUUUUUCUUACUUUCGAGGAGUAGAGGUUACUGACAAUGCCCUUGUUAAUGUCUACCCAGUUGGGGAAGAUUACUACGCUUGCACAGAGACCAACUUUAUUACAAAGAUUAAUCCAGAGACCUUGGAGACAAUUAAGCAGGUUGAUCUUUGCAACUAUGUCUCUGUCAAUGGGGCCACUGCUCACCCCCACAUUGAAAAUGAUGGAACCGUUUACAAUAUUGGUAAUUGCUUUGGAAAAAAUUUUUCAAUUGCCUACAACAUUGUAAAGAUCCCACCACUGCAAGCAGACAAGGAAGAUCCAAUAAGCAAGUCAGAGAUCGUUGUACAAUUCCCCUGCAGUGACCGAUUCAAGCCAUCUUACGUUCAUAGUUUUGGUCUGACUCCCAACUAUAUCGUUUUUGUGGAGACACCAGUCAAAAUUAACCUGUUCAAGUUCCUUUCUUCAUGGAGUCUUUGGGGAGCCAACUACAUGGAUUGUUUUGAGUCCAAUGAAACCAUGGGGGUUUGGCUUCAUAUUGCUGACAAAAAAAGGAAAAAGUACCUCAAUAAUAAAUACAGGACUUCUCCUUUCAACCUCUUCCAUCACAUCAACACCUAUGAAGACAAUGGGUUUCUGAUUGUGGAUCUCUGCUGCUGGAAAGGAUUUGAGUUUGUUUAUAAUUACUUAUAUUUAGCCAAUUUACGUGAGAACUGGGAAGAGGUGAAAAAAAAUGCCAGAAAGGCUCCCCAGCCUGAAGUUAGGAGAUAUGUACUUCCUUUGAAUAUUGACAAGGCUGACACAGGCAAGAAUUUAGUCACGCUCCCCAAUACAACUGCCACUGCAAUUCUGUGCAGUGACGAGACUAUCUGGCUGGAGCCUGAAGUUCUCUUUUCAGGGCCUCGCCAAGCAUUUGAGUUUCCUCAAAUCAAUUACCAGAAGUAUUGUGGGAAACCUUACACAUAUGCGUAUGGACUUGGCUUGAAUCACUUUGUUCCAGAUAGGCUCUGUAAGCUGAAUGUCAAAACUAAAGAAACCUGGGUUUGGCAAGAGCCUGAUUCAUACCCAUCAGAACCCAUCUUUGUUUCUCACCCAGAUGCCUUGGAAGAAGAUGAUGGUGUAGUUCUGAGUGUGGUGGUGAGCCCAGGAGCAGGACAAAAGCCUGCUUAUCUCCUGAUUCUGAAUGCCAAGGACUUAAGUGAAGUUGCCCGGGCUGAAGUGGAGAUUAACAUCCCUGUCACCUUUCAUGGACUGUUCAAAAAAUCUUGAGCAUACUCCAGCAAGAUAUGUUUUUGGUAGCAAAACUGAGAAAAUCAGCUUCAGGUCUGCAAUCAAAUUCUGUUCAAUUUUAGCCUGCUAUAUGUCAUGGUUUUAACUUGCAGAUGUGCACAAUUUUGCAAUGUUUUACAGAAAGCACUGAGUUGAGCAAGCAAUUCCUUUAUUUAAAAAAAAAAGUACAUAUUUAAAUAAUCAUACUUCCUCUGUGAGACAGGCCAUAACUGAAAAACUCUUAAAUAUUUAGCAAUCAAAUAGGAAAUGAAUGUGGACUUACUAAAUGGCUUUUAAUUCCUAUUAUAAGAGCAUAUUUUAGGUACCUAUCUGCUCCAAUUAUAUUUUUAACAUUUAAAAACCAAAGUCCUCUACACUUGAUUUAUAUUAUAUGUGGCUUUGCUGAGUCAAGGAAGUAUCAUGCAAUAAGGCUUAAUUACUAAAUGUCAAACCAAACUUUUUCUCAAACCAGGGACUAUCAUCUAAGAUUAAUUACAGUAAUUAUUUUGCGUAUACGUAACUGCUCAAAGAUUAUGAAUCUUAUGAAUGUUAACCUUUCCGCUUGUUACAAGCAAGUACUAUUAUUUCUGAUUUUAUAAUAAGAAAAUCUAUGUUUAAUCAACUGAGGCCUCUCAACCAAAUAACAUCUCAGAGAUUAAGUUAUAUUAAAAGCUUAUGUAACAUAAAAGCAAGUACAUAUAGUAGUGACUAUAUUUAAAAAAACAGAGCAUAAAAUGCUUAAAAAUGUAAUAUUUACUUAAAAUCAGAUUAUGGGAUAAUGUUGCGGGAUUAUACUUUAUUGCAUCUUUUUUGUUUAAUUGUAUUUAAGCAUUGUGCAAUCACUUGGGAAAAAUAUUAAAUUAUUAACAUUGAGGUAUUAA